CACUGGUCCGGACGAGUAAGCAUUUUGUGCUGGCUGCCGGUGUACCCUGUGCAUGACAUCGAGGAUGAGCAACCUUGAUGAGACUUUGGUGAAACUAGCCGGCGAGUUGACGGGUGACCCUGAGACGAAGGCAUUUUAUGGCAACGUGGAAGCUCUCCAGGACAGCAUCAUCGAACUUUGUCAAAAAGCUUUUCACAGAUUCUGUGGUCAGACCAAAGGAGGACCAGCUGGUCAGCUGUUGCCGAUCAGUGUGAACCAGAUUGGUUUCCAGAAUGCUCAAGCUUCGCUCCGAAGGGGGGAGGUGUUUGACUUGGUCUAUGUGGUGCCAGAGUCAGUUGCUCUUUGGGAGAUGCUUCAGGUCCUGGAGAAUGAAGUGGAGAAAGUCGCCCAGGCAGUACGAACUGCUGGAGGGGAUGGCAUGCUGCAUUCUCCGGGCCUGGAGUUCACAUAUGAAGGUGCAGCAGUAAAACUGCUGUUGGCAAAUGACGCCGAUGUUUCAAAGAUUUCGCCGGACACGGUCAAUAGCAGGGUGGCGGGCCUCAUCGCCAGAUUGGUGUCGAAAAGUAUUCUUGACUCAGUGCCAGAUCUAGGCGCUUUUCACGGUUUGUUGAAGUGCAUCCGCCUUUGGGCAAAGCAACGUGGUCUAUAUGGCCCAUCGCAUGACUUUGGUUACAUUGGUGGAAUGGGCUGGGCAAUUUGCUGUGCACACAUUUGCCAAGCCAAUCCGCAAUCCAGAUCUUUGGAGCAACUCUUCACAUCGUUCUUCAUGAUCAUGAGUGGGUGGGACGUGCAGAUGCCGAUCUCCAUUCAACCGCACAGUCAGGCUCAGGCUUUCGAAGGCGAGAUUUCUCAAGGGGCAGGAUACAAGGUUGUCCUCCCAGUGGGUAAAGGUCUGAGUGCCACGCCCAAUUUGACAGCUUCGGCAGCACACCAACUACAGAAGGAGUUUCGGCGUGGCAACAGGAUGUGUGCUAAGAUCCAUGCUGGUGCGGCUGAAUGGAGCGACGUGUAUGCAAGCUCCAAGUUUGUGGAACGCUACCUGCACUUCUUGCAAAUUGACGUUACGGCUGCGAGUGAUGCCAUCAUGAGCCAGUGGCUGUUGUGGUGCAGAAGACAUUUACAAGGCAUUGCUGAGACUUUGGAAAGUGUGCGCACUUGCCACUUGCGAACAAGACCAUGGCCAGUCUGGGUUUCUUUCAAGGAUCCUGACUGGCAUGUUGCCAAAACUCUGCUCAUUGCCUUGCGAAUCUCACCCCCAAUCUCGGCCAGCUCGCAAGCAGGCGCAAAGCCUGUGGUUGACUUGCGUGAAGUGCUGGUGACGGUCUUUGAGAAACUUUGCGCUUGGCCAUAUGCGACCAAGCAUUUAGGCGAAUUUGAUCUCUACAUUCGGCAUAUGUCGCAGCCAGAGGUUGGAGGGCACAUUGGCGCAGUCACUUUAAAAGGGAACUGCAGUGGAGUUUGGUUAUUUAUUUGUUUUUAAAACUUGCUUGGGGCCUGUGGAAAGCAGGUUCUGUUUCUUGAAUACAUUUCAUCAGCCAAGAUGCCUUGCCAUUUUGGUUCAGCCCCGUGCGGCCCUUCAGCUUGGCGGGGGAGAGUCUUGGUCAUGUGGCCGUUCUUGGCUGAAAUCCAGUCGGGACCGUUGGUACGACACGAUGCUCCACUUUGUGUACUACCUUCUGAGUCCUGUUUUCCCUGCGUGCGACACCUAUGGACCGGUUCCACUGUCCAGUUUCUUCCUGAGUCUCACUGCGGUAAAAGGGUGCCAUCCCAGUCCAUCUUCUUUUUGUGCAGCUGACCAUUAGCAAUUAGGGUCAAAGAUUCAGAGAAGAAACAAAGCCAACACACAAAAGUGCUUGCGUCGCCUACGUUUUUCCGUUGGAUUUUGGGUUUGUGUGAAACAACUAAUUCUUGGAGUUGCUGCUGUUGCUGCUACUACAGCCUUUUUGUGGUUUAACUCAUGUGGAGUCUAGUAUACUGCUUCAUUUGCGUGUUGCUUUCACUUGCCUUUGUUGCGGCACUCUCCUGGAUGGAUGCUGAGUGCAAAGUAGAUUAAAGCGGCGCCUGUGGAUACUACAACACACAGCAACCAAGAAACAAGGGCAAGAGCAAGGACCAGUAAGACUACAUAUUCAAGCUGCUUCGCGACGAUAACCACCAUUCCAGAUGUAGUGUAUCGACUGAAUUGGAUUCUAUUCUAUCAUAUAGUGACAAUAUAGUGUAAUAUUGUAUAUAUCAUCUAUGUCUCACAUUGAUGGGUGCAUCCAUCACCAAUUCAGUGCAAGUCCAAACCAAGCACCAUCCAUGUCUAUCUCUUGCAUCGAUCAUGCACUCUCCCACCCAAUUUCCUGCUAUUGCCUACUUAUCUUACUCAUCAUCACACCAUAAUGCAUUUGCACCAGUUGCAUCACCUCCUUUCAACCGUUUGGGUAAUUUCGCACUGCAAGCGUAUGCCCUCCCCGCACUCCCAGAUCAUAAAACACAACACCUCCAAAAAAAAUGUUGCCAAACUAUCCAUUGUUCCUAGGUUUUUGGUCCUUUCUCCCACUACCACGACGCACCUCACAAUGCCGGUAAUGCACUACCGUUCCCAAACGAAAGAGGCAUCCCCCACCCUAGCUAAAACCAUACUCCUCAGCACCUUCGGUGCGGGCGGAUUUCUAGAUAGAUUGGGCCACACCACAUUCUACUUUGUGCAAAUCUCGUUGUGCCAAUCGUUCACUUGUAGGUGAUGUCUUGGCUUUCCUCGGCGGAGUUGGACCUGCCAGUGCAGCGACAACUCAGAGUGAGAGAUGAAGAGCAAUGGACAUCCCUUUGAGUGGCUCAAAUCACUUCUCCGGUUUGGAGGGGAUUGAUAGUGAGAGUCAGAGAGAGGAAAUGAGAGGUGCCGAAUCGAGUGGGCGCUAGUCUCACCCUUUUUUAUCCUUUCUCCUCGGUGCAGUGCUUUUCCUCCCAUGAAAGAAUAGGAAUGAAGGAAGCACAGCUGUCCGAGAGAUCGGACUUAUUCUGACCUGGCAAGCUGCACCUUUAUAACAGCGUCAGAG